GGUUCUCAUUUUCUUCAUUUUUUCCCCAAAUUUGAGUCUGUGUCUAUCAUCGAUCUCAAGAAAGAGAGAAAUGGGAGCUGGAAAGCAUACCGGAGAGUUUUUCAGGAGGAGAGACGAGUGGAGGAAGCAUCCCAUGCUUGGCAAUCAAUUUCGUCACGCUACUCCUGGUCUCGGCAUCGCUCUUGUCGCCUUUGGUGUCUAUCUCGUCGCUGAGCAAGUCUACAACAAGAUCAAUCAUGAUUCUUCCUCUUCUCACCACGUGAAGGCUGGGGAGCACUGAGGAAAAUCAUUCAUUGAUCGUUUAUUUUGUUUUGUUUGUUUGUAAAAUAAGCUUACAUUGCAGGGAUUUCCCUUCCAUGUAAUUUGUUGAUUAGGAUAAAUUUCAGACUAUGUAUAAUGAAUGAAUGUAUGCUUACAUUUUUAUGUCUCACUUAUUUCUUUGAGUGAGUCACUCGGUAUUUACUCAUAUCUGUUUUACAUGUGUUUGUCUUUGUUUGCUGUCA